AUUGCUUAAAAAAAAUACUCACUUUUUCAGACCCAGACAUUUGAGGCAUAUAUACCCAGUGAAGCUUUCUGCUUGUUUACAAGGCUCAUCUAUGUCCACUUCAUUUCAGAUGGUGAAAUUGCUAGAAAGAGAUAGUUAGCCAGCCCGAGCAUUUGUUUUACUCAUUCUUUCCAUUUUUGUAGUUUAGGCAGAGUAAGUCAACCUUAAUUGACACAAGAGCUUUGUGGUUUAUAUUUGGUUCCGACAAUGGGAAGAAAAGUGUUGCUCCGUUCAAUUUGUGUUACUACAUUAUUGGCUCUCCUGAGUGUUUCUCUGGUGAAAGCAGAGGAUCCUUACAGAUACUUCACAUGGACUGUCACUUACGGAACAGCUUCUCCUAUGGGUGUCCCUCAACAGGUCAUACUUAUAAAUGGCCAAUUUCCUGGUUCUAGACUUGAUGUUGUCACCAAUGACAACAUAAUCAUCAAUGUCAUCAAUAAGCUGGACGACCCUUUCCUCUUGACAUGGAAUGGAAUUAAGCAGAGGAAGAAUUCAUGGCAAGAUGGUGUGUUAGGGACUAAUUGCCCAAUUCCUCCCAACUCGAAUUUCACUUACAAGUUUCAAACCAAAGAUCAGAUUGGAACAUACACAUACUUUCCCUCUACUCUAAUGCACAAAGCCGCCGGAGCGUUUGGAGGGCUAAAUGUCUAUGCAAGAUCUGUUAUCGCUGUACCAUACCCUACGCCUGCUGAGGACUUCACCUUACUUAUUGGUGAUUGGUUCAAGACCAGCCACAAGGCAUUGCAGCAAUAUUUGGAUUCAGGGAAAGCUCUUCCUUUUCCUGAUGGCGUCCUCAUAAACUCACAGACUCAACCUACCUUCACCGGUGAUCUAGGGAAAACCUACAUGUUCAGGAUUUCAAAUAUCGGCUUGUCAACAUCCUUCAACUUUCGGAUUCAAGGCCAUAUGAUGAAGCUAGUUGAGGUUGAAGGAUCUCAUGUGGUUCAGAACACGUAUGAGUCUUUAGACGUGCACGUUGGCCAAUCGUUGUCUGUCCUAGUUACCUUGGAUCAAGCUGCAAAGGAUUACUACCUUGUUGCAUCUACACGCUUUACCAAGACUGUUCUCACAGCUACGGCAGUGUUACACUACAGUAACUCUCAUACCCUUGUUUCUGGACCUGUGCCGACCGGCCCAACAUACCAAAAACACUGGUCCAUGAAACAAGCAAGAACCCUCAGGUGGAACUUGACAGCAAACGCAGCCAGGCCCAACCCUCAAGGAUCAUUCCAUUAUGGAAAAAUCACUACAACAAGGACAUUCGUAUUCGCCAACUCAGCACCUCUAAUAAACGGGAAGCAACGAUAUGCCAUUAACAGGGUCUCCUACAUCAAUUCCGAUACUCCUCUAAAGCUUGCUGAUUACUUUAACAUCCCCGGAGUCUUUAAUAUGGCUUCUAUCCAAAGCCUUCCGUCUGAAGGCCCUGCGUUCCUCUCCACAUCUGUUGUGCCUGUCUCGCUUCAUGAUUUCAUUGAAGUAGUUUUCCAAAACAACGAAAAAUCCCUGCAAUCUUGGCAUCUUGGUGGCUAUGAUUUUUGGGUUGUUGGUUACGGAUUCGGACAGUGGACAAAUGCCAGUAGAAAGGCAUACAAUCUAGACGACGCACUUACAAGACACACUGUGCAGGUGUAUCCUAACUCCUGGACAGCUAUAUUAGUGUCCUUGGACAACCAAGGCAUGUGGAAUGUGAGGUCUGCAAUAUGGAACCGGCACUAUCUCGGGCAGCAAUUCUAUCUGAGAGUAUACGACCCAAUCCGGAGCCUUGCUAAUGAAUACGACAUUCCUCGAAAUGCUCUUCUCUGUGGCAAAGCCGUCGGACAGCACCCUUGAUAUGGUAUAUUUUUCAUCAUUUCUGUUCUUUAUUCAUGAGAGUUUGACUACAAUGGAAGACUGGAUAAGCGCGGUUGGGAAGAGGGGACUGGGAGGAAGCAUUUUCAAUGUUUGGGCUUCUUUCUUUUUGUCUUUUUACUGAUUGAUUAUCUAAUUAGGUCUAUUUACUGUCACUUGUGUUGUGAAAAGUUUGUGGCCUGUGGGUUGCAGGAUUUUGUCUGAGAAUUCCUUAGACAUCUAUAGCUGAAGUGUAAACUGGUUAUAAUAAUUGUGUACCAUAUAUUAUAAAA